AUGAGAGGAGUGUCGUGUCGGCAGGGUUGGAUGAUGAAGUGGACGGUGAGGAUUGGGGGAGGUGUGGGUCCCAUUUGGAGAGAUCAAAGGGCUGAGAUUAGAGGGCAGUGGUGGGGUAUAAGAGGGAGGCAUUUGGAGAAGAGGCCGCCGAAAACUGUGGGCGAUUCUGUGAGGGCAGGGGUGGGGGUGUGUCGUGAGGGGUAG